AUGACAAUUAAAGUUGGAAUUAAUGGGUUUGGUCGUAUUGGACGUCUUGUCCUUCGUGCUUCGUUGAAUUAUCCCCAUAUUCAAGUAGUGGCUUUAAAUGACCCUUUCCUGGACCUUGAUUAUAUGGUCUAUCUUUUCAAAUAUGAUUCAACUCAUGGACGUUUUAAGGGUAAUGUUGAAGCUAAAGAUGGAAAAUUCUUUUUGGAUGGCCGGGAAAUUUGUGUUUUCUCUGAAAGAAAUCCUGCUGAUAUCAAGUGGGGAGAAAUUGGUGCUGAUUAUGUAGUCGAAUCUACAGGAGUUUUCACAACUGUCGAAAAGGCCGGAACUCAUUUGAAAGCUAAAAAGGUCAUUAUUAGUGCCCCAAGUGCCGAUGCACCAAUGUUUGUAGUUGGAGUAAAUUUGGAGAAAUAUAAGAAAGAAUAUAAUAUUGUAUCCAAUGCUUCUUGCACAACCAAUUGUCUUGCUCCUUUAGCAAAGGUUAUUAAUGAUCAUUUUGGUAUCGCUGAAGGAUUGAUGACUACCAUUCAUUCAGUCACUGCUACUCAAAAAACUGUAGAUGGUCCAUCAGGAAAGGAUUGGAGAGGAGGAAGAGGAGCAGCUCAAAACAUUAUUCCAAGUUCAACAGGAGCAGCAAAAGCUGUAGGAAAGGUUAUUCCUGCUUUAAAUACCAAACUCACUGGUAUGGCAUUCCGAGUUCCUACUUCUGAUGUUUCAGUUGUUGAUUUAACAGCACGCUUGGAAAAGGGUACAACUUAUGAUGAAAUCAAGAAAAUUAUUAAACAUGCUUCAGAAAAUGAGUUGAAAGGAAUUCUUGCUUAUACUGAAGAUCAAGUUGUAUCCUCGGAUUUCAUUGGUGAUACUCAUUCCAGUAUUUUUGAUGCUAGAGCUGGUAUCCAAUUAAGUCCUACCUUUGUUAAACUUGUUGCUUGGUAUGAUAACGAAUUUGAUAAUAAUUAA